AUGGUCUCAUCGCAUAACGAGUCUUCAUCCCCGAAGGAUUCCGCAAAAUUAACACGCGAUGCAACAAAGCCAAAACGUCGUUUCGUCGGCUCAAGAUCCAAGGGUGCAGCCCACUCAACUUCGAGCAGUAUUCCUCUCAUCAGAAACCAAAUUCCGCUUGAAAUACUGGAAAAUCCGGAUUUGAAUGAAGCUAUCAAAGCACUUCCGUCAAACUAUAAUCUUGAAAUUCACAAAACAAUACACCAUGUACUGAAAAACAACGCUACAAAUAUCGCUCUUCAAAUGCCCGAGGGACUGCAGCUCUAUGCGUGUUUGAUUGCUGAUAUCGUUGAGAGAUUCACCUCUGCAAUAUGUACAAUUCUCGGAGAUGUGACGUAUGGCGCAUGUUGUGUCGAUGAUUAUACCGCAAAGGCGUUGGGUUGUGAUAUGUUGGUUCAUUAUGGCCAUUCGUGUUUGAUCCCCACCACGGAAACCUCCAUACGUACCCUCUACGUAUUCGUCGAGAUCGCCAUCGAUUCCGAUCAUUUGCAUCACUCUAUUCGACGGAAUUUUCCUUGUGAGCGGGAGAUGUUCUACGAUCAACUUCUAUCCCAUGCAGCAGAAGAACGUCAGCGCCGCAUACCUACAGGGGCACCGAUCACGACCGCUACUCCCUAUUUGCGAAUAGAAGGAUCUUCCACUUCUGGUGACCCCGAGCCUGAACACCACAAAAGCACGGAUACUACGCCGACGCGACUUGCUCUCGUGUCCACCAUCCAAUUUGUUGCCGCUCUUCAGAGGCUAAAGGAGAAUCUGAGCUCGUCGUUUAAUACAAACGGGGAAACACCCAUAGCGAAGGAAGUUGCCUUGUGGAAAGGCGCCUACGCUCCAACUAUACCGCGAUCGAAACCUCUCUCUCCGGGUGAGAUUCUUGGUUGUACUGCACCGCGGCUGGAGGAUGUAGAUGCGCUCAUCUACUUGGGCGAUGGCCGCUUCCAUCUAGAAUCAAUCAUGAUUGCGAAUCCUAGCAUUCCUGCCUUUCGGUAUGACCCUUAUUCGAAGAAGUUAACAAGAGAGAGAUACAACCACGAGUUGAUGCGACUGACUAGAGCAGGAGCGAUUAGAAAAGCUCGGUCAAGUAUAAAGACAUUAUUGUCAGCUAAAGAAAGCAGAUCAUCCGGCGACAAAGCUAUGUGGGGUGUUAUUUUGGGAACGUUAGGGAGGCAAGGUAGUUUCAGGCAGUUGCAGGCUAUCAUGCACCAACUAUCUCCAAUUGAGGCCGGCGAACAUUUGCAGGAGUCAAUCGAACGUAACACUUCAUGUUCUUGUGGACAUGGCUCGAUGUCCACGCAAACACAGUCUGAUUCCACCCUUACACCACUCGAAGCCGAAGCUUCAAGUUCUACGUGUUGCCGAAACAGAGAUCAAACGCAGCCAUCCACCAUUGCGCACCGGAUUCCCUUCAUCCCGAUUCUCCUCUCCGAAUUAUCACCCUCCAAGCUGUCAUUAUUCCCUCCAUCCAUUGAGGUUUUUGUGCAAACAAGCUGCCCGCGGUUGAGUAUCGAUUGGGGAUACGCUUUUGAGUUGCCUAGUGGGGCGAAGGGAAGGCCGUUGCUGAGUCCGUACGAAGCAAACCUUGCCGUCUCGACUCUGACUUCGGAAAACAAGGGAGAUUACUACGAAGGUGGUGACCCACGAUGGAUGCGCGAAGUUGAUGGUGAUAGUGGAGGGGUAUACCCGAUGGAUUUCUAUGCUGCUGGGACGCCUUGGGCAAUUUCUAGGGUCAAAGGAAGGUUUGAGGCAAUGUAA